AUGGAUUCGUUUUCCAAAUACGCAUUCUUUGUCAGGGUCAACAUCACAUCACAAAGAAAAACAACUAAGAAUGACCAACUGAAAUUCGACUUCUUCCAAUUGCAGAGAACAAUCAUGUAUCACAGAUCUUUUGUGCUUCAUAUGGCUAGUCUACAGGCUUCAUUUUUUACCGAACUGUUUUUCAUUUCGCAAAUGUUACUCAACAUUGCCACUCAGCAGUGUGGAACUGGCGGCCACCUUUACUCGAUGUAUCAAAUGAUGAUCAAGGGCCACACCUAUAAGACGUUCAAGUUUACACCAGGUACGCUGGAAUGCAGAGAGGCUUGCCUCGCCGAUGACAGGUGUCAAAGCUAUAAUGUGGUCAUGUUCAUUGCAGUGUGUGAGUUAAACAACCGGACUAAAGAGGCCAGACCAGAGGACUUUGUCAGGAACGAAGACAGAUAUUACAUGGCAAAAGAUCUAAAAGGAGAAUGUGGGCCUGUUGGUGUGGCAGACAAAAAUGCAGUCUCAGAUGCCAGAAUGACAGCAAGCACAUUCAAAAAUGUAGGAAAUAAGCCGCACUAUGGCCGAUUUCAUGAAAGCAGGGGAAAAGGAGCAUGGUGUCCUGCGACUAAAACUAACAGAACAGACUAUCUUCAAGUUGAUAUGGGUACAAUGCUGUCUGUUUGUGCUGUGGCUUCCCAAGGAAAAAAGACAUACUUUCAAUGGACUACCAGCUACACACUAUACCUAUCCACAGACGGUGUAGUUUGGAACGCUGACAAGGAAACCAGCACUGCAAAGGUUUUCCCAGGAAACUCAGACCAAAACACCGUCGUAAAGCAUUUCCUCACUACUGACAUUAUGGCCAGAUACGUUCGGUUUUAUCCCGUCACCUACCACAAAUUUCCUUGUCUGAGAGUUGAAAUAUUUGUGCGAAAAUGA